GUACAGACUUAAGCUGUGGAGCCAGACGGUUGACGCCAGACACGGAGUACACAUUUGUGGUCACUGCACUGACCAAUGAGGGCAAGUUUGAGAGCAAGGUCACCAAGAAGAGAACAGCCAAGGACGAAUUUGACCCAAACCGGCCUCCAUUAUACCAGCCUCCAAAGAAAGAAGAGGACAACAAGUCAGCCUCCCAGAAAAAGAGAAAGUCUGUUGGAGAUGCCCGCUCUGCUCGCCUUAACAGUGCCAAGGGUAGCCAUUUAUCCUGUACCCCAGAACGACCAAUCUCAGCCAGCAGUGCCCACAGCUCCCACCCACCAGGUAUGGACACACCCAGGGUGGACCCUAAGGAAAAAGAGGAGAAAUCACCACCGGCCAGCUCCACUCAGAAAGCAAGGACACCAGUAAAAAUGCUUGACACGAAGAAAGAGAACAUCCGGCCUCGCACACACAGAGAGUCAUCUUCUACCUCCACCCGCACCUCACCCUCUGCCUCCGGCCUCCGUGACCCUCACCACCACAGCAAUACGGCCAAACACAGCACACGACUAGACAAACCCAGUGGACUCUCCAAGCCAGCCUUCCCUGUCACAGUGAGCUACGUAUCAAUCCAAGGGGGUGAUGACCAAAACCUUGAACUUGACGCGAUUGGCCCGGACUUCCCAAAAAAGACUUUCAUCCGCUCACCCACUUAUUAUGACAGCAACAUGUCAGGUCUCCGUGUGGAGAGAUCACGAACAACUUUAAGCCAGAAUAAGAAAAGCCGCUCUCCAAGUAAACUGAAACUGAACAAACUCGAUUCGUCCUUUGUUGGAAAUGGUACUUUAGAAUUUCCUCGGCAUCCUAGUAUGGACUUUGGUCAAAGCAACGGUGUGAAAUCUCCGUGGCUCCCCAAACCUACUGUCCCGAGCCAGGACUACCUGGAUGGUAGCCGCGGGGUCAGUGCCACAUCAGAUGUCCCAUCAGUCACUCUGUCGGUCACCCGCUCCAUGCCCAGUCCCAGGACUUCAAUGGAUUUUGCAGUUGUCCCUGGAGAAGAUCUAGAGGCACUAGACUUCCCCCAGCAUCAGCAGCACAGAGGGAAAUGGAGGGAUGAAGAUCAGAGUGCCUUAUGGCUGGCACGCACACGGACGCCUGUGGACUCGUACUUUAUCGAGCAGCAGCAGGUGUUUAUUCAUCGUGCCGCCACUUUUACCAAUAGUCACAGGCCAGGCCUGAGAAAGACACAGCAGCUUCUCACCACCCCAGUUCAGGUUUUGAACUCGGCCUCCCUGCAACUGCCAGAAAACAAGAUCACCCAGCAGCGUCUGCAAAACAAGUUUAUCCCCAUGCAGCUCCGAACCCAGCCCAACAACCUGACAGUUUCGCAGAUCCAGCGAAUGAAUACAACUUUGUCGGAACCCAGUAACAGAGGCAUGACAGGCCGGCGACUAGAAGCUUUGGCUCGCAGCCAGACGCAAGUCAGCAUGAAGGGCUCAAACCACACCCUUAACCGCAGUGCUCCACACGCCGGCUCUCACUCUGUGCUCAACACUGGGGAUCUUGAUGUGCUGGGGGUUGGCCCCAAUGGACUGCUCAAUGGUGCUGCAAAAUAAGCAAUAAAGAAUUCUGCAGACGAAAGUUUUCUGGUGACUGUGGAAGACAAUUGGGCAACUGAUGUGAAUUGUAUGAGCUAUUUUUAAUUUUAGCUAACUUCAGCCAACCAGAUGGCAGUAUUAUGGAAAGAAUCUUAUUAGCACUUAAGAAGGAUUUAGUUCGGCUUUAGAUGCAAUGUUUUAUAGGCACUUAUAGUUAUAGAACUUAUGUGCUGUUUUCGGAGAAACAAUGUGGACCUGAAAGUUACAAACAAGUAUUUCAUCUGUUGUGGAAGGUAAGGUGACUCUCAAAAGGAGCACUGGCUAUGAGUCUUGCUGUUGCAGUAGGCCUAAAAGUAAGCGAAUUCUGGUUCUUUGGCAGAUUUUUAAAAGAACUGAGAUGAUUGUGGAGUGCUUAGAAUUUAAAAAAAAAAUUAAAACAUGAGAUGGAAUUGUAUUCUUUCAGGAAAAACAUGUGCAUUUUAGUGAAAGAUGCCCAAUUCGAUGUCUGUGUAUGACAUGGAGGUGAUGUUUUGUUACUAUAAAUAAGUAACUUUUGUCGGUUGCAUUUUUUAGAAGACAACGUAAUCUCAUCAAAUACUACCUUUUGUUAAAUCGAGACCAAUAAUGUAUUGGUCAGAUAUGAGCAAUGGAAAUGUGUCUUAAAGGCUGGCUAAUUCUUAGACAGCAUUAGAUGCUGUAUGAUCCAUAGCAAGAGCUGUUUUUAGGACUUACUUCCUCUUUUGACUGAGUUCUUGAAAAGCAUUUCAUUAGUGGAAAGUUCAAUUAUUUUCUGACAAUAACUUAUCUACCUCUAAGUUCAACAUCCCACUAUGUAGUUUAUGAAGUGUUUGUUCAGAAACACUUAUCUCUGUGUAGUUGAACGAAACCUUUUAUAGCUACCCCUGGAUUGAUAAUGAAACUUGAAUUGUGUCUUUAGCUGUACUGCAGGCUCUGGCUUGUGCUUGGGCCAAAACUUUAUUUCAGUUCUGUUUCUAGGAAGAUUGUUUCAUUGAGAAAUAUUGCAUGCCUUUAUUUGAAAUCUGUUGAAGAUUUUAGAACUUUCUUUUUAAAAGUUCUUUAGCAAGAACGGGGUCUACAAAAUUGGGACAGGCGAGUUAUAAAAUGAGUUUCAGUUUGAAUGGCAAGAAGAAUAUUUCCUUAAUCAUGCAAAGUGGUUUAUCAAAAGAUGUGCAACUAUAUAUUUAGAAUGGUGUGCUGAAAAUGACAGGGUCAGUUUAUUGAAUUAAGGCCUAGGUAUUUUUGUUUUGUGUUUUUCGUGUGACAGGAAUGUAUGAAUACCUCAUUAUGGCUUAAUAAUUUUUGUCACAUCUCAAGGUGGAGGAAAUACUGGGGGGCUCUAUGAUUGGCUUAAAAUCUGAUCUAGUAUUUUGAAUCUUUUUGUUUUUUAAUAAAAUCAAUACCACAUUGUGUCUUGC